AUGGGCAGCAUCUCUGGCGACAAAGUUGCGUUGGUUUUUGGCGCCAGUGGAAUAUCUGGCUGGGCCGUGACUAGGAGCCUGCUGGAAUAUCCAACUCGCAGCACCUUUUCGCGGGUGAUCGGCCUGACGCAUCGACCCCAAACGCGGGUACAACUAGGCCUCCCCGAUGAUCCGAGACUGGAGGUGUAUUCAGGCAUUAACCUGCGAGGUAGCCUGGACGAAGUAAUGACCCAGAUGCGUGAAACAAUCCCGCAGCUAGACCAGGUCACUCAUGUAUACUAUCUCGCGUACUCCAAUGCUACUGCAUACACCGAAAAUGUCAUGGAUAUCAAGGACAUCAACGUCGUCAUGACCUACAAUGCUGUCCAUGCCUGCGAUACCCUGUGUAAGAACAUGACCUUCUUCGUGCUGCAAACAGGUACCAAUCACUACGGCGUCGCGGCUUUCCAACACAUCGACAAGCUCACCUUCAACACACCCCUGAGGGAAGACGCCCCGCGUGUCCCAUCCCCAUACGGUGACGAGAUUUUCUACUAUGGCCAGGUUGACCUGAUCCGAGAAGCAGCUCAAGGGAAAAGCUGGAGAUGGGCUAACGAGAAAUCUACUUAUCCAGGCCAUGUCCCCAGCACCACAAGCAUGACCACAGUAGAGCCAAUAGCUCUCUACCUCUCUCUCUACCGCUACGUGUAUGGCUACGGCGCUACAGUUCCGUUCCCAGGCACGCCCACCAAUUAUGUCUACACUUUCACAGACUCCUCCCAGGACAUAAUCUCUCGAGCAGAGAUCUACCUAUCGGUAGUGAAACCUGAUGAAGCGAACGGAGAAGCAUUCAACAUCGCAGACACGGCCACUCCAGGCCCAUGGUGCGUCAAGUGGCCUAUCCUCGCCGAGUACUUCGGCCUGAAGGCCAUAAGACCAACGCAGACGGACUACGCAGCGAUCGACAAGUGGUGGUACGACCACCAGGACGACUAUGACCGCAUGUGCAAGGAAUACGGUCUGCAGAAGCGACAGAUCGGACCAGACACCUGGCUAUUUGUCUACGCGGGUUUCAAGUUACUGGACCGGAAUCGCGAAUUCAGUCUGGAUAAGAUCCGUAGUAUUGGGUUCAUGGAGGAGAGGUCGGUAGGCAAGGGCCAUCUCUUGGCGUUUGACCGGAUGGCCAGGGUUGGGGUGAUUCCAGCUAGAACACAGCUUUUGCCGUCGGCUGGUGUGCAAUCGAACUUGUAG